GGAGGAGGUGGUGUUGGGCCCACCUCCAGGGGCUGCUCUGGAGGGGGGAGAUUAACCCCCCCUCCCAGGUUCCAGACCCUUUUUAGGGCGGUCUGUGUUGACCACCCCCAUGCUGCCACAGGCUGGAGCGGCCUUGGGGACUCUGCGCACAGCCUGUGUGCUAAUUGAGCCAUGUCUGGGGUCACCUCUGGGCUCCAGCCGACUGUUCCCCCUCUCUGUGCCUCUCUCCUCUUUUCAAUUGCACAGUCUCCCUGCCGCCCUCCCUGCUGGGCCGGGCCUCCCUGCAAGCCUCGUGGCCCCCGCUCGGUGCGGGCCUGCUGCUGCUGCUGCUGCUGCUGCUGCACAGCCCGCCCAGCCUCGGACCGCGCCGGCCUCCAGAAGUGAUAGCUAAUUGGGGAGAGAAAGAGCCCGAUUGUCUGCGGCAGCCGGAAAGGCCCGGAGGAGGCGGCCGCUUCGCCCUGCAGCUGCCGCCUCCGGAGAUGUUUGGGGAUUACGUCAGCCUGGCGGGCAGGGGCCGAGGGGACAGCGCGGGAGGCGGGCUCCCGCAGGCCUCCCGCCGCCAGGGCCUCUGACAAUGCUGCCAUUGUCGGUGCACGGAGUGCUUAGCUCCCCAUGAAUGGUGCACGGGCCUCUUGACCAAGGAGGCCGCCUGUAGCCCCAACUGUCCCCUCACAGGCAGGGAGGCCCUGUGCGGUGGGAAGGGCUGGUUGUGGACUGCACGGGUCUGUCCCUCAGAAGGGGCCACCGGCAGGCAGGCAGGCGAACUGGGCUCAGGCCCCAGAGAGGUGGCUGCUGCUCCACCCCGUGUGGUGGCCUCCCUUCUCAGCAUGGCCUCCUGGCUUGGGGAUGCUGCUGGACCUGACCCACUCAUGGUGCUCCUGGUGGUCAUCCUCCUGGUGCGCUUCCUCCUGUGGUCCUGUCUGGGGACCUAUAUGGACUACAGGCUGGCCCGGCCUCAUCCUGGCAAACCCAAGGAAGAGUAAGCCAGGAGACCAACCCAGGAGGUUUUCGUACUGUGACCAUAUCAUCCCCCUGUGGGUGGGCCACCCACCUAUCCAUUGAGUGACACAGACGCCUUCAUGCAGGACACCUUUACCCCUGCUCCCCUUUCCACUGCUGCUCUCAUGAGUCCUUUAGCUUGGGUUAACCUCCGAGCCAGCUCUUUACCAGCCAGGCAGGUAUACAAUCCUGAUGUCCUAUGCACUGUGCAAAACCAGAAUGCAGAAGAAAAGACAGUUCAGAACCUGCUUAGACUGGUGCGGACUGUCCCCAUAGGAGGGUGUCUGCCCACGUGGGCUGUCAAAGCAGCCCUUACCACCAGUUUCUGGUCCCCCCCCCCAGCAGUGUGUGCCCCAGGAAAUGUCGUCUUUCCCUACUGCUAAUUUUUAUCGGAGGCUGGGGUGAACCAGGAUUGUGGCAGGGAGGCCCCAGGGACAACCAUGACCAUUUCCCCCAAGGCCAGUGCUGUCAGGAACCUCUGCUGUCCUAACCAGUCACUGGAUGCAGGCAGAGACCUGCCUCAGUUUCCCAGAGCAGACCUCAGGGACGUGUUUCAAACGGUCUCAUGAGAUGGAAUUCAAGCCCAGAUUGUCCUUGGCCCUGAGACAACUCCUCACCGGUCGGGUCCUCAGUUUCCCACCUUGGUUUGUCACAAGAAUGAACCCAUGGGGUUGGUGAUGCAGCUUUCAUGGGGCUGUGUCGCUUGUAAAACUCCCAGUCCCUGACUCUGGGAAGCCCAGAUAGCAUUGGAUAGGAGAGUUCACAGUUCGCACACAUGUGAAUACAUGCAUCACCUGUGUGUGAGACCCAACGCUGUGAGAAGACAGCAGGAGCUGGGGAUCUGCCAACCUUAGGCGACCCCCCAGCUCAGUGGUGGCAGUCAGUACUCCUCUGUGCUCUCCUUGAGCCAGACCGUGCAGCAAGAUGUCUGUGCUUGGUUCUCGAGGCGGCUGUGUGGCAGUUCUGCGACUUGGACUGACUUCUGUUUCGCCCUCUUUAGCACAGGUUUAGGGCUUCAUGGCUGCAAGAAGGCUGCAGCUACUCCAGGCAUUUUACAUGACUUCCCUGUGCAAGGAGGCAGUACAAUAGAGAUGGAAAGCGGUGCCCUCAAGAGUCCCGAGUUUUGCAUUUCAUAAUCCAGAAUGAUGUUGUAGUGUCCCAGCCUCCUGAUUGGUGCUGCGAUAAAUACCAGGACAAAGGCAACUUAAGGGCUUGACUCACGGUUCCAGAUCAGUUCAUCGUGGCUGAGAAGUCACUGGAGGAACGUGAGGCAGCCACCCCCAUUAUGUCUGAAGCUGGAAGGAGGAAAAUCAGCACGUGACCCUCUUGGCCUCUGCCACUGGCCUGAGCCACUCAAUUCAUUUAUGGCCUUUUGGGGGACUGGUUUGGGUACUUGGGUGUCCCUGUGGCCCCCUUGGGCACAGGCUUUGUCUUUAUCUGAACGUUAGCAUGGCAGAGACGUCAAAAGCUGGCACCUUCCUUGACUUACCAUGGUUUCUUGGGGCUCCUCAAAAAUGUCUCAGUGAGCUGGGUGUUGUGGCAUAUGCUUGUGAGGGAAAGGCAGGAAGAUCAGAAACUCAAGGUCAUCCUCAGCUACAUAGUGAGUUCAGGCUAGCCUGGGCUAUAU